CCUUACCGUGUCAGGACGUCACGCUCUGAGCUCAUAUUUUCCGUACGCGUGCUCGCAAUUACUACAAACAUAAAUAUAAGUGCUGCAGUAACUUCAAUUUGCAUCUUUUAUUUUGUUUUAAGUGUAGUGUAUUUUUAUAAAGUAGUGCUUAUAUGCAUGUGUAAUUAAACUUAAUGAAUUUGUGAAGGAAUUAAUAUUGACUUGCAUUAGCGGGAAUUAUGUUGGUGUGGUUUACUUCUAGUAUAAAAUGGAUUAAGGUUCCGAGCUGGCGUAUCAAGGUCCAUAUAUUACGAAAUUGAGAAUAGUGACGGAGCAGGGGAUGACGCUCGACAGUGAGCAAGAGAAGCGUGGCGCUGGCUGAACGUCGCGUGGGAUGUGGCUACUGGCGACUCUCGCUCUGGCGGCCGCCGUGAGCGCGGACUGUCCGCGCCACUGCGAGUGCAAGUGGCGCAGCGGCAAGGAGUCGGCGCUGUGUGCCCGCGCCGGCCUGGCCAGCGUCCCGCCGCGCCUGGAUCCCACCACGCAACUCUUAGACUUAGCUGAAAAUCGAUUAACAUCCCUUCGUGACGAUGCAUUUGCAGCCGCCGGCCUAAUAAAUCUCCAACGCCUCUAUCUCCCCUCUUGCAAUCUUCGAACAAUACGACAGUUUGCUUUUCGGGCGCUCGUGAAUCUAGUUGAAUUGGAUCUUUCACGAAACCGCCUCGAAUCUGUUCCGACGCACGCUUUUGAUUCCAUCAAAGAGCUCCGCGAGCUUAAGCUUAAUGGAAAUCCCAUUACGAAAAUUAAAGACGAAGCGUUUUCAACUUUGCCACACCUUGUGCGGCUCAGUCUUAGUUCCUGUAAAAUAAUCGAGAUUGCACCGAGGGGUUUUGUUGGUUUGGAAGCCUCGCUCGAAUACUUAGAGCUUAGUAAAAAUAAACUGAACGUCCUACAUGUUGCAGUACUUGCACCUUUACGUUCGUUAAAAGGAUUAGAAUUAGCAAAUAACCCAUGGAACUGUAACUGCGCUUUGAGACCCAUGCGCGAUUGGAUGCUUAGAAAAAAUGUUCCCGCAACCGUAGCACCGGACUGCGCUUUACCUCCGAGACUUUCGAAACAUACUUGGGACCGAUUAGAUUUAGAAGACUUUGCCUGCCUUCCUGAAAUAAGCACCUCAUCCAGCAAUAUUGUCACGACCGAAGGGGAUGAACUAUCUUUAAUCUGUAAAGUAACAGGCAUACCAGCACCAAGAGUGCGAUGGUUAAAAUCUGGACAUUUGUUAGCUAACAGCACUAAUGCGAAUACAGGAAGAGCAUUUUUGUUGCUUAGUGAAAGUCAAAUUAGUAAAUUGUUCAUUAAGUCAGUUGAAGUCACAGAUACGGGUUUUUAUACUUGUAAUGCAGAAAACCGUGCUGGAAAAGUUGAGGCAGUAUUAAAUUUAACUGUAGAGAGGAAACUGCCAAGUAAGGGCUUUAGUGGGCUAGCUUUGAUGGCAGGAAUGGCUGUCUCUGCAGUUUUAGUUUUAAGCUUAUGUUUAAUAGGUCUGUGUAUAUAUGAGACUCGUAAGAAACGACAAAUAGAUAGAUGGAAUGAACAAAUAGUCACAAUAAAUCAUAAUGAUAGUAGUUACGAAAAAAUAGAUACAAGUAUUAAAAGUAAUAUUGAAGUAUCAAGAUUAACGCCAUCAGAAAAUAGGAAGAGAGGUGAUUACAGAAACGUUCCUUCUCAUGAUCCUGAAGAGGAAUAUGAUGGUGAAGAUCGAGCAGGGGCUCGUGAAGAAAGUGGAAUGAUGACUCCAAAAUUAAAUCGAAGUUAUGAACAAAACUCAGUUGAAAGCCAAAAAGCAAGACUGGGAAAUAUAAUUCAAGAUUUACAUAUUCCUCGGAUUAAUGAUUAUCCAAUCAGAUCUCCGCCCAAUGCAGAUUCAUUACAAAGUUCCAAGUCAACGGGCCUUCUAAGUGGACGCGGAUUAGCUGAGAACCUAAGUCGAUUUACCAAUAAUUCUCGAUCUUGCUUAAAGCCCCCAAGACGAGACCGUCUUGAUAAUGAUAUUUCUGGAACUGAUAAUGAAAAAAACUAUCCAGAUCUUAUAGAAAUGAGUUCAUUAGGUGCAAGUUCAUAUAUGCGUAAUGAUGUGAAAUAUGAUCCGUAUUACUUUUAUACAAUACCUAGGAGAAAAGAUGGAGACAGUCGAAGUCCACUUUUAGGUAGUCGACGAAAUAGUUCUGGAGGAGAUUCUGUUACCUUUUUUGAAAGAAGCUAUGAGAAGCCCCAUCCAAAGUCAACAGAUCGUCGUUCUAAUAGUUUCUUGGACUUAUCCAUGGGUGGUAAUAGAGUUCGCCGUAAUCCAAGCUUACCAGCAUCUCCGACUAGAGAAAAAUCGAUGGUUCCGUCCGCAACUCCUCUUCUUGAUCUUUCUGGACUUCGAGAUUAUAGUCAUGCAAACCCAUCUUAUGAAGAUUUCGACUUUAGAGCUUCUCAGCUUGAGAAGUUUUUGGAAGAGUACAGAAGUCUCAGGGAACAGCUAUCCAGGAUGAAAGAAACCAGAGAAAACUUGCAAAGAUCGAGAGCAGUUGAAAAUGAAGAACUAAGAUCAAUUUUAAAGGGAAAAACAACGAUCGCAGUUACCGAAACAUCAUCAUCGGUUGUUUUGACUGAUUGUACAACUCCUUUAGCAUUAAGUCCCCCAGAAUACAAGCCCCAGCAGCCUCGAGCAGACUGGCUCACUUCUUUACUUUAUCGAAAUUAAUGUUUGUUGUAAAUAUUUUGUAAAUUGGACUGAUACACAUUGCAUUAAUUUAAGUGAAGUGAUAAUAACGGCUCUUUUUAAAGUUGAAUUAAAUUUUUGACGUCA